AUGUCAGCUAUAAACAUCCGCAUCGAUAUCCUACAGACAAUAUACCAUUUCGACCUGGUGUUCAAGUUACGGUGCAAAAGGUGCGAGGAGGACCAUCUCUCGCCGUGCGCCGGAAACAUGAUGGCCUUGUUCGCCUUCUUCGCCCUAAACUUGCUCUGCUUCUGCCGCGCUGCAACGUCCCAGAAGAACUACUUUAUUUUCCCGCCAGAUGGUGGACCUGAUGGUGGCACUCCGGGCGAUUCGAAUUACUUAUUCAAACUUGGAGAGGUGGCGCAUCUGGAAUGGGUCGUCAACACGACUGGCCGUUUGUCGCUCACGGCGUGGCAGGGCCAACGAGAUCGAAAGGCCAACUGGCACUCGACCCUACUUCUAGAUCAAGUAUCCGCCCCGGUUCCCACUGAGUACGUGUGGACCGUCACUCCACUCACGUAUGAGAGCAACUUUCGACUCGCACCAAUCCACUUCCUUAUCGAACUCGAGGAUGCUCUCGGGUUUAACUCGCAGUUUGUCGAAAUCCAAGAGGCAGACAAAGGGUCGGGCGUGACCCGCAUGGCUGGCUCUACUCCUACCCACACCACUACUACUGAAACAUCAACUUCCGGCUCCAGUACAAGCUCUAGUACGGGCUCCAGUACUGACACGAACAACACCACCGAGAAGGAACCCUUGCGCGCCACCCCCUCGUCCGCCUCGGAUGACAAGCUUGGGCUCAAGCUUGGUCUGGGUAUCGGAAUAUCCAUGGCAUUUAUUGUUGGCGGUCUAAUAGGCUAUCUCAUGAGGCGACGCUCCCAAAUACAUGGAGCCAUGGAUGCCUUUGUUACUCGGAAGCGAAAGUCGAAUUCGAAGCCCGAAUUAACCGACAACGCCCACGGAAAUUCUGUGGAGGAUGAGCCAACCGAUGUGAAACUGGCUAUCCUGUCCUCUCUUCACCCGGCCAUUGAGCAAGAGACGCUGCUGGACGUUCUCCUGGCCUACAAUGGAUCCGUGGCGGAGGCAUCCGCCAUUCUCAAACACUUUGCGCAGUCUCGGGCGGAGGACGGCCAGCCCCUCGCGGCUAAGAAAAGAUUGAUAUCGAGAAAGGGCGCUACCAUGCACUUGUACGACCCCGUUGACGUCGCCGAGCAUACUCCCUGUACUAUCAUUCACAAUUUCUUGCCCACGGAAGAGGCCAACGGCCUGCUACGAGAACUCCUCGUCGAGUCGGAAUCCUUUGAGAAGAUAUCCUUCAAGCUGUUCGAAAACGUAGUUGCCAGCCCCCACACUUCCGGCUUCUUCGUCGAGAGCUACGACGAGAUGCAGGAGCAAAAAACGGCGUAUCUCUACAACGGUGCUAGACUUUCCGAUGUCCGCCGGCUCACACCUCACCUGCUCACAGUGAAGCCCCUGGUCCAGGAGGCAGUGAAUGGGGAAAUCCAGACGCGGAUACGGACCAAGUAUCCGAAUGGCCAGAAACUCAGGUACCAAAGUGCGAAACCGUGGGUCCCCAAUGCCGCCUUUGUAAACUGUUACGACGGGCCCAAGGAGAGUGUGGGGUGGCAUAGCGACCAGCUCACAUAUCUCGGGCCCCGCGCCGUCAUCGGCUCCAUCUCUCUCGGCGUAUCGCGGGAGUUCCGGGAGGAGUGGAAGCACUCUGUGUCGCCCGCCCCCUCGGUCGAGCCUCAUCCGAUCGCGGGCAACAAGCGCAUCAACAUUACGUAUCGCUACUACAGGGACACCAUGCACCCAAAACACACCCCAAAAUGCAAGUGUGGCAUCCCGUGCGUCCUUCGGGUGGUCCAGAGGAAGAAGGAGAACUACGGCAAGUACUUUUGGAUGUGCCAUGCAGGAAAUGUGCCAGGCAAGGAGUCAUGCGCGUUUUUUGAAUGGGCACGGUUUGACGACGACGGCGACCCAUGCCGGAGGGCGAGCUGA